AACACGGUCUCGUUGUAUAUAUAAACAAAACCUUCUUCGUCAUUCUAAAUAAGAACACACAAAGAUCUUUCUAAAGUUCUAAAACAUCUCUCUCUCUCUUUCUCUAGAAAUUUCAAAGUCUCUUCUUUUCUUUUCUAUUUGAUCAUGAAUUCUAUGUUCAGUGCCUUCGACGCUCUCUUCGCAGAGGUCAUGGGAAAGAACCUUAUGGCUUCUUCGUUUACUGCUACUACCGCAACAACCAAACCUGCCGCCGCGCCGCAAACACAAACGCAGGAGAAGGCAAACGCAAGUAGCAAGAAGAUAGGUUUGGUGCAGAAGAUUCCGAGGUUUGCUUUGGAGCUUGAUGGUCUUCACUGCUUCGAAACAAUAGUCCGUUCUUGAUUUGAUUCGUUCUUGGUUCUUGGCUUCAAGAUCAGAAACUUAGAAUCUGAGUUUCUUAUAUUUUUAUUUAUUUUAUUAAUUCAUUAUAACAUGUGAUUGUGAAUACGUUUUGGAAUUUUGAUAUUGAUCGAUUUGAUCUAAUUAUAUAUUUCUUGGAUUCUCCGAUUUUGUGUUCAUAUUUCUCCGGUUCUGGCUAGAUGCAAGGGUUUCGGUCCGGUUAACAAAAUUUAGAUUUGGUUUUAAUUUAGAUUUAACUUAUUUUGAAGUUAUAUCAAAUCAGACAAGUACUUCUGAAAAUCGAAUUCAAAGUAAACAACCAUCUAUUAAGUAGAUCUUAAUUUUUUAAAAUUAAGAACCUAUUAAUUAACAUAAAUAAAGAGUUUGGAGUUUGAACCAAACCAAAAGCGAGAUUAGGUAAAGGUUACCCUACUUGAUGAAGUGGCCUAGUUUCAUGGUUCUUUGAAAGAUAAUUUUAUUAUAAUAAAUUGGUGUUUCACCAAAAAAAUAAAAAAAUAAAAAAAUAAAAAAUAAAAAAUGGCAUCUAAGCAAAUGAAAGAAAGAUAAGUGGAACUUUUUUUCUUUUCUUUUGCCUUUAACUUAACAUUAUGUUACAAUUCUAGGCUCAACAAUUUCGUCGCAUAAAUAAAGUUUGCCAAGGUGUUGGUUGUUGGAUGUAAUAUAUGAAAAAUUCUUGAGCAAAAAAAGAUGAAACUAUUCAAACAAAAUCCAUUAAUAAAAACCAUCAACAGAUCAAGUAAUCAGAAUUCACACUUCCGGUUCAAUGAUGAAUCCUACAAGCAGUGUAACGAGCUAAAAAGAUAAUAUAUUAUUCAAAGGUUGUAGUUGAAAUUUUCAG